AUGGCGGGUAUAGCUAUACUUGCAGAUCUAUGGAGGAAGAAUCACAACUCUGCUGCUUCACACGCUUUUCAAUCUUCUUCCUCUUUUUCUGCUUCCGCUGCUGUUGCUUCCGCUGCUUCUUUUGCUGCAGGAACCACUUUUGCUUCAAGGAAUUUCUUUGGGUCACCAGUGGCAUAUUCUGAUGCUGGCGCAACAUUAUCUGAAGAUUUUAUUUCUAAUAUACAAAGUGCUUCUGAAAGGAUUUACAAUUAUGACGUUGAAAGAUUCAGUACAAAGACGUACAAUGUCCAACCUAAACCUCUAUUCUCUGCCUUCGAAUUGAGGUCACUCGGAAUGACUUCAAUACGGUCAUUCCUGAUGCACUAUUUGCCUCUUUUGGAACCGCGUGCGGAAAUAGAAGAUGAUGAUGAUGAGGACUUUCUGGAGGAACUUACAGGAGUACAUCGAGAACGCCAGGUUGAUCUAGUUGUUCCGUUCCAAAAGUCAGUGAAACAAAUCAUCCGCGAGACAAGUGUUGUGACCACUAGAAGGAUUUUAGAAAGAAUUUCUGUUCAUUAUGUUUCGCUGCGAAUGGCAUCCAAGCUUCUCAAAGAUGUUCCUAAAUCAGCUUCUCGCAAGGCUGCAAGGAACUUGCCUACCCAUGUUUACUUCUUCUCUGUGAGCAGAACAACAUUCAGAGGACACAUGCUAGGAGUUACAGCAUCUUGGGUUGUCCAAGUAGGCAUUGACUUGUAUCGAUUCUUUAGAUCCAUUUUCAGGUCCAAUGAUGAAGUUAGCGACGUCGAUACAACCGAGCAAGUUCAAAUUCUUGGACAGAAGAUUGCCCUUACUUCAAUAAGGUGUAGUUCAUCUUUAGUUUUUGCCUCCAUAGGUGCAGGAAUCGGUGCUACCCUUGUCCGUCCGUCACUUGGCCAAUGGAUUGGAUGUGCUGCUGGUGAUUUGGCUGGUCCAAUCAUUGUGGCAUUUUGUGCCGACAAAGCAUUUCAAGUGAACCUUUAG